GCUCGCCCGUUUCGCGCUCACAACUUUCUGGUCGACGACGUUGACAAAAUGGCAAGAACCAAGCAGACUGCUCGUAAAUCCACCGGCGGCAAAGCCCCCAGGAAGCAGCUGGCCACCAAGGCCGCCCGCAAGAGCGCCCCGGCCACGGGCGGCGUCAAGAAGCCUCACCGCUACAGACCCGGCACGGUGGCCCUCCGCGAGAUCCGCCGCUACCAGAAGUCCACCGAGCUGCUCAUCCGCAAGCUUCCCUUCCAGCGUCUGGUCAGGGAGAUCGCCCAAGACUUCAAGACCGACCUGCGCUUCCAGAGCUCGGCCGUCAUGGCCCUGCAGGAGUCCAGCGAGGCCUACCUGGUCGGCCUGUUCGAGGACACCAACCUGUGCGCCAUCCACGCCAAGCGGUUAAGAAUGUCUGGCCGAGGCAAGGGAGGCAAAGGUCUGGGGAAAGGCGGCGCUAAGCGGCACCGCAAAGUCCUCCGCGACAACAUCCAGGGCAUCACCAAGCCCGCCAUCCGCCGCCUGGCUCGCCGCGGCGGCGUCAAGCGCAUCUCGGGCCUCAUCUACGAAGAGACCCGCGGCGUCCUCAAGGUCUUCCUGGAGAACGUCAUCCGCGACGCCGUCACCUACACCGAGCACGCCAAGAGGAAGACCGUCACCGCCAUGGACGUGGUCUACGCCCUCAAGAGGCAAGGACGGACCCUCUACGGCUUCGGAGGUUGAAUCCCGAGCUCCGCUUGCCGUCGAGCAAACCUAAAAAAAAAAAAAAAAAGGUCCUUUUAAGGACCACACAAUCAUUCUACGAAAAGCGCAAUUCCUCUUUAUGCCCCAUGAAGUGUAAACAUAUUUUUUUUUUCUCCAGUUAUUAACUUCCAUGAGUGAGUGUGUGGAAGUAGGGGGAAAAAAAAAGUUCUAAGAUUUCAAAAGAGACUGCAAGUAAUUUGGUGGGUAAACUUAAAACUGGCCUAUGGCAUAACCUGAAAAUAAUUUUGAAAAGACAUGAAAUGGGAGUUAAAUCUAUUAAAAACAAUAAUUAUACGUGGACCAUCACAAUGACGUCAUACAGUGGGAAACAGACUAAAAAGC